UUCCGUUUUCAUUUUCAUUUCGUUCAGAUUUGGCCUAGAUCGAGUUGGUUCGGCGUCACCGACUUACGUAGGCUGGAAAAUUAUUACUCACCGAGCGUAAAAUUGUUUUUUGUGUAACGCGAAUUGUUGCUACAUAUAAAAAGAAAUGAGUCAUCCGGGAUACAACCCCUAUCAACAGGGAUCAGCACCGGGAGCACCUUCAUAUCCCCAACAACCCCAAGGAGGAGCACCUUCCUACCCGCCCAUCAACCCCAACAGCUUCGGCUACCCUUCCAACAUCCCCAUGCAAAUGCCCCAACCCAUGCCCAUGCCCGCCUAUCCCCCCACAGCACCCAAUUAUCCACCCUCCAAUACUGCCUACCCACCAUCCAAUACUGGCUACCCACCUUCCAAUACUGGCUAUCCACCUUCCAAUACUGGCUACCCACCAUCUAAUACUGGCUAUCUACCUUGUACUACUCGCUACCCACCUUCUAAUACUGGUUAUCAGCCUUCUAAUGCAGGAUAUCCACCAUCAAAUACUCGUAGUGGAUAUCCCCCGAACACAUAUCCUGGCACUGCUCCUGGUGCUUCUCCCAGCGGACAUGGUUACCAUCAAGGAUCGCAAGGACCUUACGGAGGGUUUUCUUAUACGCAUCAGAGUACUGUAGGUCAAGCUCCCAGUCGCCAGAAGAGAACCCCCACGGUGGUUCCUGCGAACCCCUUCAACCCCAACGACGAUGCGCAGGUCCUGCGCAAGGCCAUGAAAGGCAUGGGCACCGACGAGAAGGCCAUCAUCAACGUCCUGGCCCGCAGGACCAACCAGCAGAGGCUCCAAAUCGCCGUGGCCUUCAAAACCAUGUUCGGAAAGGAUCUGCUCAAGGACCUCAAGAGCGAACUGACCGGUAACUUCGAGAAGCUCGUGCUGGCUAUGAUGACACCUCUACCGGAAUUCUACGCCAAGGAGCUGCACGAGGCAAUGAGUGGAAUCGGCACCGAGGAAGACGUCCUCAUCGAGGUGAUGUGCACCAUGUCCAAUCGCGAGAUCAUGGUGAUCAGGGAAGCCUACCACAAACUGUAUUACAGACCGCUCGAAAGCGAUCUGAAAGGAGACACUUCGGGCACUUUCAAGCGCCUCAUGGUGUCCCUAUGCAACGCCUGCAGGGACGAAAGCACGACGGUGGACCAACAGCGGGCCAUGCACGACGCCCAGGAGCUGCUGCGAGCCGGCGAGCUCCGGCUGGGCACCGACGAGUCCACCUUCAACAUGGUGCUGUGCCAGAGGAGCAUCGCUCACCUGCAGCUCGUCUUCCAGGAGUACCAGCGCAUCACGGGCCACGACAUCGAGAAGGCCAUCAAGAACGAGUUCUCCGGGGACUCCGAGGACGCGCUGCUGGCCAUCGUGAGGUCCAUCAAGAACCAGGCGGCGUUCUUCGCGAAGAUGCUGAACAAGAGCAUGAAGGGGCUGGGCACCAACGACAAGCAGCUGAUCAGGCUGGUGGUGACGAGGUGCGAGAUCGACAUGCAGGAGAUUAAAAGGGAGUACCAGGCGAAGUACGGUGAAAGUUUGGCCGAUGCUAUUAAGGGCGAUUGUUCUGGAGACUACAAGAAGUGUCUGUUGGCUUUGAUUGGAGAAUAUUGAUUGAGGACUGAAUUUUCAAGACUUACUUAUACAUGACUUGUUCCAUGUUUGUGCUCGACUAUAUCAUAUUUGUUGUGUUUAUAUUAUAUGUGUAACAUUUUUUAAAUUAGUUUUUAAUAUGCUGUUUUCUACUUUUUUAUUGGGUGCGCCGGAACUCCGCGCAGAAUUUUAAUCCAGUGAAAACUGUCAAAAUUGACAUUAAUGACAUUUCGCAUGACAAACGUAACAGAGGUGGAAAUCGAUUUUUUCGUGUAGAGAUGCAGUAACGACUGCUACAAAAUAAGCGUUAUUUUUCAAAUAUCGUUCUCCUGGUUACUCGACUCGAACUUAGUAUUGAUAUUUUGUUAUUAUUUUGGUGGGGAAUUCCGGUGCAUUGUAUCUAAAUAUUUUAUGAUGUUGUGAAUUUAUUGUAAAUGUUUAGACAAAUAUUGUCGUAUU